UUUGCUGAAUGUAUUUACCAUAUAAGGCUCGGAGACCUGCGUGAAUUUCAGCAACGUUGAUCCAGUUUUGAAAUCUGACACGGAAGGGCCAUGAGAAGUGUCGGCGGCUGUGCAUUGUUGUGGAUUGCGGGUUUUCUCUUGCUUUCCCUUUUACGAGAGAUUGGGGCAACUAAUGGAGCAACUAAGGGAGCCCUUUCACAGCAUAUACAAAAUGGCAGAAUAUUUGCCUCUUACCAAGGGGGAGAAGAGCAGCCGAUGUCCAUUGACAUCGAUUCAGUACCGUGCAUGACCCACGAGGACUGCAGAGACGCCCUACCAGGAAUAGACACCGCCCUUGGGACAGGAAGUCCAAUACCAAAGGAACCCUUCUGCAAAUACAAUUCCUCCUGGAAUUCUUCUGGUUAUUGUUCCUGUGAUCCAGAUUACUGUGUCUCCUACAGCAUGCGGUAUGGCAAGGAUAUGCCUUUCUACUAUUGUGGCCCUUGUGCACGGAUAGGUUCACAGUGCUCCAAUGGAACUUGUGCCCACGAGAUGGCCGAAUGCAGAGAGGAAUACUGUCAGUGCAUCAGGAGUGGCAGCUUUUAUGAAUUCUAUUACUGCGAGAUCCCGUAUGUACUCUACGAGACUUCGCUUCAAAUCUGCAUCAUUAUAACCAUUCUGAUCGUCAGUUCGUUCAUUGUUAGUUCUCUCUGCGCUGCAACUGGACUUGACAGAUGCUGGCAAAGCAGACGUUCCUCGGGCAGUACCUCGGAGACAUCUGAUGGGGAUGCCCCACCAGCCUAUGACGAAGUAAUGGACAAUUUACCCACAUAUCAAGAUGCAGUGCAAAUGGCCCAGGAGGUUGAAGGAAGGUGCAGAAAUGAACGCAACGUGGUUGCCACUGACUCUCCAAGAACAAACGCACAUCGCUCAGAAUUCAGAAGAGAAAUUGAGGAAGUAACGGAGAACAAUGAUGCCCUCUCUACCAGCACCAGUAUUCCACACAGCUCUGAUGACGAAGUGUCUUCAGACGUAUCGUCUGGUUCACAUGACUAUAAUGAAUCGCUAAGCUCUCAGAGAGAUCAUCAGCCUAUAGAAUGGCCCCUCCGCCGACCGCUGAAUAUUCAGACAAUCUGCUGAUGUUCUUUCAACUGGUCUUUCAUGCUAAUUUUUGGAGGGCUUUUGUCGUCCUCCGUUUGGUUAAUUUGGCGGGUCCCAUUUUUAUUUGUUACUUAUGGGAGCAGAUGUCAUUAAUGCAUUCACUCUGUUUUUGAAAACGUUUCUGUGGACGUACAUUCAAAUAUAGAACAUUAUUUCUAGGUUUGGGCUUGUAUAUACAUGUAUCUAACAGUAUAUCUUAUAACUAAAGUAAAUUCAUACUAAAGUAUUCGGUGGCUGGAACGCAGGGUCUUAAUAAUGUCUAGGAAGUGAAAGGAAAGCGUGCAAGAUAGACACAUAAAUGGGGCUGUGUUGUGCUGAUGAUCAUUUUGGGUAUGAUUCGUAUGAGAUUGUGCGAGUUCACGGGGAUGAGGAGAAUUGUAGGAUAUAAAGGGGGAAGGGGUACAAUGUCACUUAGAUUAUUCAUUUGAUGUCGAAACGAACGUUUCAAAGUCCAAUAAAACAGAAAUAUAUCUUUCGAUUCCUGAAUGUGAUUAAGGUUUACAGUAAAAAUUCACUAGUAACUUUCCCGUAUGAUGACUUUGUCUUGUUUGUACUAAAUUUUUGCUUAAUGCUGUAUACCUGAAUUUGCUGGUCCCGUAGCACGCCUUCAGCAGAGUGGGACCAAUUAAGAAAUUUACUAUAAAUAAUCACCCAGGUUGUAUAGAACAUAGAUUUAAACAGGAAUAAUCCUGGGUUUGAAUAUUAGGUUCAGAGCUUCUCGCUCAAGUGGCCGAUUGUCAAUUUUUAAGCAAGUUUCUUUGAAGAAUGACGAUUUUUGUUGAAGCAACACAAAAAUAUUGUUAUGAUGAAAGGUGUAAAGUUUCAAAAUUAAAUAUAAAUAUGUCUAAAUCCAUUCAUUAAUAUAUUGAAAAUAUCAUUAUGGCCGUACUUUAUUUGGGGGUAUUCGAUAAUCUGGGUAAAAAAUUUACCCUGCGUUAAAUAUCAUUGAGAGCGAUUUUGACGGUGUUAGCUGCUGCCCGAAAAAUUACUGCUUGCUAUCGCAUCACAAGGUUAGGAAUAAAACUACAAUGAAAUAUAUUGAUUUUUAUAUAUAAUUUGUUUCUUGUUUAUAAAGUGUUUUGAAAGCAACAUGGGCUACGUUUGUCGCGGGCGGUUUUUCCCUCACCAUGACAUUAAGAUACGAGAAGAAUAAUACUAUUGUACAUAUGCACUGUUGUCAGUCUUCUUGCCUGGAAACACGGGUCGGAGAAUGGUACUGUGUCAUUGUUGACACGGUGGGUAUGAAGACUAACGUUUACGCUGCCUGGAAAAUAGGGUAGGCCUGUCCUACCUGCUAUUACAUGAUAUUCCUUGUGUGUAUGGGUCUUACUACUGAUGAGGCCAGGUGAUGUCUUCCCACUGGGAGGCAGUUGAAGUGUUGAUUUCCAUUUUAGGGGUAUUGAAGAAAAUUCCUGGUACUCAGCGUGUUUCUUUAUUACUCAGUACUACAUCAUACUAAAUUUCUCCCAGGCCUAGUCUCCUGGACUUGAUUAAUUUACCUAGUCUUCAGAACUCCUGGACUAGAUCCCUGGAUUAGAUCCCCUGGACUAGAUCCCUGGAAAUAUUCAUUUUAUUUAAUUUUUUAUUUCCAGAAAUCAACACAAGUGAGUAGUUUAAAACUAGGUACAACAAAAAAAUAACUCUUUAUACUGAAACUUCAAAAAAAGAAAAAUAUAUAAAUUACAGAU